AGCUGUGUAUUGUUAAGUUAUUAUCUUGUAUGUGCUUUACGACUUAUCCCGCGCGAGUGCUUUUAAAUGAUGGCAAUUCUUUUUAGCACAAAGCUGUGGAAAGGAUAGAAAUCGGGAAGAAACGCGAGGCUCAUUUCUGGCUUACGGUGAAUGGAAAAGGGAAGUUCUGCUUGGGAGCAAUUGUAUCUUCUCUAGCUCAAGGAAGCUGUGGUUUUCUCAAGACUUCGAAAAUAUUAUCGCAGUAAAUUAUCAUGGCGACUCUGUUUCUUCUUGUGGCUAUAUUUCAGCUGUUAAUUCUACGGAAGGCUUUAAUUGUCGAAGGCAACAAUUCAUCAGUGUGGUUUAGCAAUGCAACAAGUCCUACUUCAAGUAAUGGAGUAGAUAAUAAGCCAAUGUCACCAAAUACAACCAGCAACUCCACCAGUACAGUUGUGUCAAAAUCUACCUCAAAACCAACUACUCAAACCUCAAUGACCUUAACAUCAGGGCCUGGAGUUAUUAAAGGAAGUAUGAAGUCUGGAUUGAGUUCUGCAUCAUCCACAGAGAAUGAUGCUGUUCAGAUGCCAGAGAAAACUAUAAGUACUAAACCAGUUGUUAGUGACCCAUCAGCCACCAAAGAAAGUGAUGAUGAAGGUGGAGUUCCAUAUUGGGUCUACAUUCUCAUAGCUUUUGGAGUGAUCUUUGUCAUCACUAUUGUAGUGUGUGUCAUUUAUGCACGGCUGGAAAGGUGGAAAACCCAGGGUUCAUACAUGGUUUGGGAUGACAAUGAGCUAGAGUUGAGCCCUGCUUUCACAAGAGAGUCAGAAUUCCUCCUUGAUAGUUUGGCAACUAAUCAAGAACCAGGGACUCCUGAACUUCAGAUAUAUGAGAUUCCUUUGGACUCACUUGGCCACCAACGAGUAUACAUAGGAACAAAACGAAUUGCGCCCAAAAGUGAAGAACACAGGGAAGCUGUGAAGUUUACUAAAAACAAGAAGUCAAGAAAGAAGGAUGCACAGUUUCAAGGAAACACUCUGCCAAGGGCAGGGAAAAGGGAUCAUAUUUACAGCUCAGUGAAUGAUGAAGUCAGCAGUGCCCUAAGUGAUGGAGACCUUUUCGAGGGCAGGAAUGUUAAUGGGUGCACCACGCCUCCUGUUAUAUUAUCCUGCCAAACCUUGGGUAAAAGCAGCUCACUGAAACCCAUGUUCAAUGGCCGAUCACCCUCUCCAGAGGAGUUAGAUCUGAAGAUAAGAUCGUUCACACUUGGUUCACGAACAAAGAGUGUAUCAAACAUAUUUCAGAAUAGGCCAUUACCACCUGCUCCUAGUAAACGUUUUUCAAAGAGCCUUGAUCGAUUGCGGUUUUUUGAAAUCUCGCAAAACAGGGGAAAAAGUGGAACGUACCCAUCUCAUCAGAAGUCACCGCCCAUGCGGGCCCAUCCAAUGUUGGUGAAAUCGUCCAGUUUUGGAGGCACAUACAACAAAAUAAUCUGUGGAUCACCGUCAUUGCCACCUGUGCCACCACCACCAAGAAAGGGCUCGAUGGGUUGCAUCGACAAAUUGGCAGCAUAUGAUAUUAGUGAUGCCAGGAAAACUAACCUAUGCCGCAGGCACUCCAAGUCUUUAGACACUCUUCUACUUUUGAGAGAAAUCAACUGGACCGCCUUUGACGUGGACAUUUACCACCCUUAUGAAAGUGUACCGGGUAACCAGGUGGGUGAGAACAACAAUAUUGUGGAACCUUCCUAUGCAAGUGUUAGCAGUGAUGAGAAAGCGUCCCGCAGUGAAAGCAGUGGAAGAGCAAGUUCUCAAAGCAAGGCGAGCACUCGGUCUGCAAGUCCGAUAGAGAGUGACACGCCAGAAGAUAAUGCUGAAGAAGAUCACCCAUACGCAAGUGUCACCGAGGAUAACGAAAGGCCAAAGACCGGAAGCCUAAAUGGGUGGGACCAGCGGUAUUCAAAUCGUGAUAGCGAUGGAAGAGAUAGUGGAGUCUCUUCCGCCAUGCUUGAGCCUGACAGUGAUCCUGCUUCCCCAUAUGCUUCGGUGAGAAUUAGCCAGAUUCCAGGAUUGGUCGCGUCACAGUGUCGCUCCUCAACGGGUGAAGAAAGCAACUAUGGGGAGGUCUUUGAAAAGGAGGAUUCUGGGUCGAGUAUAGGUACUUGCAAGGAUCUUAAAGAAUGUGUUGACUCUAAGCGAUCUAGCACUCAUACUUACUUGGAGCUCAUUCCGGACAGCUGCAGAAACAGUGUGGUAUCGGAAACUAGCUCAGGCUAUGCACGACCAAUAGAUAUUAUUUCAAGUAAACCAGACGCGUCCGAUAGUACGGAAUUAGAUAACAAGAAUCGUCAGAGUUUAACUGAUCUUCAGAUCCCCAAUGAGAGAUCUGGCACACUGGAAAGUACUUGCAGUGGCCGUGAUACUCUUCCCUGUGCUUUCAACAACAAGGGGAUUACAUUGAUAGUGGAGGAUAAUUUGCAGAAUCAUGAACGCCGGGACCAAACGGAUGAAUCGCGUGUUGGUCCAUGUGAGAAAGAAUCGACAGUGUCAGAAUUGUCGUCCCAGGAACCUCAGGCAAGUGACGUGGUUGAAAAUGUCGAUGGUACUAAAGGAGACCCUGAACAACAGGGUGCAUCCUUAAGUCCAAGUGAACACGUUUAUGAGGAAGCAGACUACGUUCAAAGUCUAAGGAAUCUAGAGAGAUGCAAGCGGUCAGACUCAACGAGCAGCGACACUAUUGUGAACAUUCAAGGAGUUAACUUACGAGGAACUUGUCAUACUGAUGAGUUUGUGGUGUAAGAUCCAUUCUGUCCAUGACAGUUUCAAGUAUUUAACGUUUCAUGAUGUACGUUGUUGAAGUCAAUAGCUCAAAAAGUCGGUGUACAAUAGAAAUUAAUAACAGUUUUUAGACUGUAACACGCAGAAACUCAAAGGCUACAGUUUUUAGGUACUUGUUGAGACGUGGAAACAGUUGGUAUCACAAACGCGAAUCAUUCUCGCAAUGUGUAGGCUGAGUAUCUGUACAGUAAUUGCAAGGAAAAGGCAAGGAGGUGCUCCACUAAAUUAACCUGGGUGAAAAAAGUUUAAACUUGUUUUUGUAUAGAAAGUAAUAUGCGGCUGGUUCGUAUAUAGGUAAGCUAUACAUCACUGAGCUGGCCUCAUUGCUGAAUGUGUAUGAUGUGGAGUGUUUCCUGGCCUGUAUUUGUAAUAGCGAUUGGGAUUGAAGAGGGACUUUUUUUAUGCGUAAGUAACGGGUGAGGGGGGAGGGGGCAGGCCCUCUCCUCCAGUCUUCACUCUAAAUAACAAGCGUGUUAGAUUUUGAGUACGCAUCAGAUAGUCGGAGAAUAUAACUGAGUUGGAAUUAUUUUAACUCGAUAUGCAGACACGUACAGAUGUCAGUCUUGAUAUUAUCACUUGUUCUGAGUCUUUUGCAUACAUUCCGUAUCAUAUAACCAGAAUCGAUGGUAAGUCUGUUUUGGCUUUACGGGAUAUGAAUUACAUUUGUUACACAAAAUUGAUGUCAGAGUGCAAAUAUUAUGUGUUAUUUAGUUAGCCUCCAAGAGGUGAUAGAAUCGGUGGACGUUAGUAGCUUUAUCAAAAACGCACUCAGAUGGUAAAAACUGGUCUUAGCCCUUGAAAUGGAGAGACCUUGAGUUUCAAGGUUAGGUAAGGGGAACACAUCAAACUAAAAAUAAUGAAUAAAGCUACUUCAGUAUGAA